UCGUCUGACUUCCUACCUCGUCGCUCUUUGAUUCCUCUAAUCUAUAGAACCGCCUGGUUGCUUGCAUAACUGCAGGCAGCCUGCGAUUGAUGCCCGCCCUUCCCUCUGCAAUUCUCCUUUUGCGAGACAGCGACAAUGAGACCUACUAUACCCAUCAAGAACGGGAUGGUGUGGUGUGCAUCGCAGUCUGCGCCCUCACGUCGAUUCUGAGCAUCCUCUACGCCGUCGCGGCACGGAAGCUACGCUAUGAGAAUUACCGAAAUACCCACAUCUUCGCCUACCUCUCCUCUUUGCUCUUCGCGAACACGAUUCAGUCAUUGGGCACGAUGAUGAACUUCAGAUGGGUAGGACGAGGGGGGCUUAUAUAUGGGAAUUACUGCUCCUUGCAAGGGGGCGUCAAGCAGGCAGGCAAUAUUGCCACCGCGCUAUGGUCUUUCAUGAUUGCAAUGCAUCUAUUUAAUCUUCUUUUCCUACGAGUGGGUUCGACACGACUGGGUCUUCUUCUGACGUUAUUUAUUGGGUGGGCGGUGGUCGUCAUCUUCGUGCUCGUAGGUCCUUCGGUGAUUGAGACUGCCGAGCGGGGCCCUUACUUUGGGAUUUCUGGGGCGUGGUGCUGGAUAACGACGCGAUAUCGCCUGGAGCAGAUAUUCCUCGAGUAUUUUCUUGAAUUCUGUUCCGCGGGGCUCGGGUUUCUCCUCUACAUCGCUGUUCUCCUGCGCGUGCGCGGCAACAUCAUCUACUCGCAGGGAAAGUUCCGCGUACGCACCGUGCCAUCGGGCCAGGGCUGGCAACUUGCAAUUGGCAGGGACUUCUUAAGUUCGGCGAUGUUCGCCAUCGCGAAGAACAUGGUGUGGUAUCCUGUGCUGUACUCGGCCAUCUUACUUCCCAUAUCAAUAGGGCGCUUGAUGAAGUUCGCUGGCCAUCAUACUCCCUUCUGGGUGGAAAUCUUCGCCGACUGCUUAUUCAACUUGACUGGCUGCUUGAACGUUGUCCUGCUGGUAUACACGGAUAGGCUCUUCGCGCAGGCGGGGUCAGUCGAGUUCCGCAACCAGCGGCCGAUAUCAAUAGACCUGGAGAACCUCGCGAAGACCGGUGGCGUCACUCCUUUCACGCUCGCACGGAGCGAUACUGCAGCGAAGUAUCGCGAAGAGCGGGUAGCGCGCCUCAAUCUUCAUCUCAAUAGCUCAGGAUCCUCAGGCUCCAGGACGGGAACCACAGAGACUACAGAUUCAGGGUAUGAGAGCGGCUGCGGCCAUCGAUAGCACUGGUUCCCCAUGGGCCAUCGUGCUAUGCCGCCCGCUCUGCCCAUCUCCGCCCUCGUCCAUUGUUCGCUCCUUGUUUGCUGUCGUAUUUGCUCUGCCGUACGUGCAUAAUUUAUUGUCUGCGGGUUUUAUGGUAAUCUCUACCCGGGGGGUCGUCUCUGGCGGGCGCCCAGAGGAAGAAGAGACGGUCAAGGCAAUGGUUUGGACAGCCUUGACCGGGCCUUGACUCACUGCCUGGCGCUCAGAAGCGUUGGUCCAACCACGUGUUCCCAUCGAUACACGACGCAAUUGGACCCUCCCUCGAUGGCCUUUGUCCCCUGGCAGGUGCGUGGACCGGGUGAGCGCUAUCAUUCCGACUGAAUAGGAGAUGCACGCACACGCCUCAUGUUGGAGAUGAAGGCAGGCA